AUGGACCCAGAGAGUCAAUCGGAAUGGACUAAGCCAGCCUGUGAACGACACAUACCCUUCUGGCGCCAGGUGGUAGACCAAGGGGCCAUUACUCAGGAUGUUCUGCAUCAGAAUUACCCUGGAUCAGGAACGGAAACGGAUCCCUUCCUGGUCUCCUGGCUGCCGAAUGAUCCCAGAAACCCCAUCCUCUUUACUACACUCAAGAAAGUCGGCAUUACGGUCGUCGUCUCUACAGCAACAUUGGCCGUUGCCCUCGCUUCCUCAGCAUAUUCUGGAUCUACGAAACAAGUGAUGGAAGGCUUGGAUGUCGGCACGGAAGUUGCAACGCUUGGACUAUCGCUUUUUGUGAUCGGCUUUGCACUCGGGCCAUUGGUUUGGGCGCCGCUCAGCGAGUUCAUUGGUCGACAAUAUCCCUUUUUCGUCUCAUUUGGUGCGAUGACGGUCUUUCUGGCGGGAUGUGCCGGUGCACAGAAUAUACAGACUUUGUUGGUUCUGCGUUUUCUAGCAGGCACGGCGGGAUCAUCACCCCUGACGAACGCGGGGGGUGUGAUUAGCGAUAUGUUUCGAGCUGAGCAACGGGGGCUGGCCCUAUGCCUCUUUGCUGCAGCACCCUUCAUGGGGCCUGCUAUUGGGCCGGUGAUCGGUGGUUUUCUGGGGAUGAAUGCUGGGUGGAAAUGGGUGGAAGGCUUCCUGGCUGCGCUGUCCGGAGUUUUGUGGAUUCUGAUGACCUGCUUCGUUCCUGAAACCUACGCACCAGUUCUCCUCCGCCAAAGAGCAAAGCGUCUUUCUCAAAAAACUGGCAUGGUUUAUCGAUCAAAGCUAGAUGUCGAGAAUGAAGGGGCUGUUUCUUUGAAACGGAUGUUUGCCACCUCUUUAUUGCGACCCUGGGUCCUACUAUUCCGAGAGCCUAUUGUAUUUAUGUUAUCUGUAUACAUUGCCAUCAUUUAUGGCGCACUUUUUAUGAUGUUUGCCGCGUUUCCUAUUGUGUACCAACACGGCCGGGGAUGGAACCAAGGCGUGGGAGGACUCGCCUUCAUGGGCAUUGCUGUGGGUAUGAUUGUCGGAACGAUCUACACAAUUCCUGACAACAAUCGAUACAUGAGAACAGUCAAAAGACAUGGAGGGUUCGCGCCUCCAGAGUCACGCCUGCCGCCGGUGAUGCUAUCUGCGGUGUUGAUUCCUGUCGGUCUCUUCUGGUUCGCGUGGACCAACUCUCCCUCCAUUCACUGGAUGGUUAGUAUAGCAGCCGGCGUUCCAUUCGGCUGUGGGAUUGUUCUCCUAUACCUAGGCAUCAUGGGAUAUCUUAUUGAUUCUUAUACCAUUUUCGCCGCAUCGGUCUUGGCGGCUAAUGCUGUUCUGCGAUCUCUGUUUGGAGGAAUAUUUCCGCUCUUCACGACUUAUAUGUAUGAUAGGUUAGGGAUUCAUUGGGCCUCAUCAAUCCCCGCCUUUCUUACGGUCGCAUGUAUGCCUUUUCCAUUUAUUUUCUACCGGUACGGGGAAGCGAUUCGCAAGCGAUGCCCAUAUUCUGCUCAAUCGGAAGCAUACAUGCAAAAGCUACAGGAGGCGGCACAACAAAGCGAAAAAUAG